CCAUUGACGCAAUCAGAAGGCGACAGUUCCUGUGGUGUGAUUGUUCUCAAGCAAGAGUAUGCCAGUGCUGACGGCGCAAAACCAAUAAAAAAUCAGUCAGAAUAAAUAAAGAUGCUUUUAGUUUUUGAAUAGUUAACCUGCUUUACCAUGAAGUUGGUUCAUAAGGACAUCGAGAAGGACAAUGCGGGUCAGGUGACCCUCAUACCUGAGGAGGCAGAAGACAUGUGGCACACCUACAAUCUGCUGCAGGUGGGUGACAGCCUCAGAGCCUCAACCAUAAGGAAGGUGCAGACAGAGUCCUCUACUGGCAGUGUGGGCAGCUCACGUGUAAGAACCACACUGACUUUAUGUGUGGAGACAAUAGACUUUGAUUCACAGGCCUGUCAACUAAGAGUGAAAGGAACCAAUAUCCAGGAGAACCAGUAUGUCAAGAUGGGCGCCUAUCACACCAUUGAGCUGGAGCUAAACAGAAAUUUCACCCUUGCAAAGAAAGUCUGGGACAGUGUAGUGCUGGACCGAAUUGAACAAGCAUGUGAUCCUGCUCAGAAAGCGGAUGUGGCUGCUGUGGUGAUGCAGGAAGGUCUAGCCAACCUGGUUCUUGUGACCCCUGCUAUGACCUUGAUGAGGGCUAAAGUUGAAGUCACCAUUCCACGUAAAAGGAAAGGUAGCUGCACCCAACAUGACAAGGCAUUAGAGCGAUUUUAUGAAGCUGUUAUGCAGGGGAUUCUGAGACAUUUCAAUUUUGACGUGAUAAAGUGUAUUCUGGUGGCCAGUCCAGGCUUUGUGAAAGAUCAGUUCAUCACUUACCUCUUCAAAGAAGCUGUGAGACAAGACUGCAAGAUUCUGCUGGAGAACAGAUCUAAAUUCAUGCUGGUGCACUCCUCAUCCGGACACAAGUACUCACUAAAAGAAGUUCUGUGUGAUCCAGCAGUAACAGCUCGGCUGUCUGACACGAAGGCAGCUGGAGAGGUGAAAGCCCUGGAGGACUUUUACAAGAUGCUCCAACAAGAACCAGAUAGAGCCUUUUAUGGGCUGGCCCAUGUGGAAAGAGCAAGUGAAGCUUUAGCCGUUGACAUCUUACUGAUCAGUGACAAACUAUUCAGACAUCAGGAUAUAGCCACACGAAGCCGAUAUGUUCGUCUGGUUGAUAACGUGAGAGAGAACGGCGGAACUGUCAGGAUGUUCUCAAGUCUGCAUGUGUCUGGAGAACAGUUGAAUCAGUUGAGUGGAGUGGCAGCCAUCUUAAGGUUUCCCAUCGCUGAAGUGUCUGACGCAGAGGAGGACAGCAGCUCAGAUGAAGACUAACAUUAUGAGACUCUUUGCUAUGAUGGAAACAUAUUUUGCAUUUAAAGACUUAUCUGAGCUUCCUUGAAAAAAGUCGCAAAAACUUGAAUUUAAUUCCAAAAUUUAAGAAGAUAGAAUUCUAAAAAUGAAAUGAAAAUACUAAAGAAUGCAUCAGUAUCGUGUUAACAUUUACAACUUCAUUAACAAAUGUUCAAAUUAUUUGAAUUAUACCAUUCUUCAUAAAAACAGAAAUUUGUGUUUU